AUGGCAGACACAAAACGUCAGGCGGGAAAUAAGUCAGCUGCGGCAACCCCCAGCUUAGGCACUCCGAACAUGGUGUCCAUUGAGGCUGCUCUUAGUGGUGUUGUUGGUGCACGGAUUCGUGUUGUGACUACUGAAUCCCAUCCACAAGCGCUUGAAGGCACCGUAUUCACUUACUGCCCGUUCACGCACUUACUUGCGCUCAAUACCGCUCCCCCGCCGCCGACGCCUACUCCCACAUCCGUGUCCAUGCAGCAGCAACAGCUGGGCGAUUAUCACGUCAUUCCUAUUUCUAGGAUUCAGUCCUUUGCACUUCUCGGAAUUGCACCCAAUGGCGCUUCCCCUGGCGGAUUCGAGAAUGUUCAGCCUUCCAUCGAGUCUUUGGACCUCAAGGCACUAAAGGUCAGAGAGGAGAAUGCAGUAAGAAAGCUGCACGAGAAGGAAGCUAGACGAGGAAAAGGCGUUGGGAAGGAAGGCCAGGACAUCUUCGAUGCACUUUCAAGAACGCUUCCUACCCGAUGGGCGGGCACUUCCAUUGUGGUGUUAGAUAGUGUUACAAUUGCGGCGCCUUACCGACCGAGUGAUUGCGACGCACCUCCGAGAGAGCACCGUACGUUGAUGAGGGUUCGACGGGUACUUGAGAAUGAACGCAAGAAGAUCUCCGAGAGAAAUGGAACUGCCACGGUUACUGGAGCGGAUAAAGGUCCCAUAAGGAAGGGCGGAUGA